GUAUUUGUCGUGCACCGCGUCCAUUCCGUCACACCGCCACGUCCAUGUUAUAUUGUCAUCGCGUCCGCCGCCUUACAGUGAUCAACAGUUCCACCACGUUCGCGCGCGCACAACUAACGCGUUCGUCGCCGAUUUUACCAACGCACAAUAAUAAUAAUAAUAAUAAUCACGUUGAUAAUGAUAGUGUAAAUGUUGUGCUCGCCGUCAAUGCUACCGCCACAACGUCCCGAGGUAUACGUUGUUCUCCGAUGUCGCGUUUCUAAAUAGUUUUUCAAUUCAAACGUUCUCGUUCAACGUCGUUUCUGCAUUGAGCGAGAUUAGACCGUACAACGUUAACUAUUGACAAGUAUUUUUUUUUCUUCCACUCAAUUUUCACUGUUUCCCGCACGGUACGAGCAUGUAUUAAUAUGAUCUUCAAAAACGAUUCGUCGUCGUGCGAAACGAUCGUCGUCUCUUCAGUCUCGUCGUGUUAACCGUGGUGCAUCGUGUGUGGAGUCAACGGAGAAAACGGAUCGACCGAAACUCGUACAACAGCAUCGCAUAAAACGUCGUUUAUCGAUGCAAGUCCAGUAGACGAGUGCCGGUGUGCGUGCUAGUUAACGUUGCUGUGGGUGUCGUAAUUCUUUUGCUGCAAAAUGCCAGCUGAAGACGAUUCUUGUCUGCUGUCCAACAUUUGCGUCAGCUGCGGCUGGCUGGCCGCCGAGCUGUCUUCGAGUAACAAGUGUCAGAUGCUCAUACUGGACUGCCGUAGCUCGAUGGACUUCUCCGAAUGUCACAUCCGAGACGCCGUGAACUUCAGCAUACCCACGAUCAUGCUACGCCGGCUUGCCGCUGGAAAAAUCGACUUGGCGUCCACAGUCAAGUGCACUGAUCUCAGAGAGCAAAUCGUAAACGCCUACAAGCAGAAUGCUUUUGUGCUGUACGGUGAUGAAUGUCUGAGUGAUCGUAAGACCACCUCGUCCGUAUCGGAUACUAUGGUUGUGUUGGCCAAGCGAUUGCUGAAAGAUGGAUGCAAGGUUCACUGCCUGAAUGAAAGUUUCGAUACCUUCCAACAGUCAUAUCCGGAAUGGUGCGAGUCGUUCUUAGAACGUUGCGCCCGAGCCAAUGAUGAUAUGACUGGUUUUAUCGGUGACACUGACACUUUGAUGGGCUUGCGAUCGUUGCACAUCACUCCGUCACUUGUGCCGCACACUCGAAACGCGCGACGCCAACAUCAAUUGAUGUCCGUGCUUAGUACAUCCCCUGAAAGUUCCGGAGGUUCGGAUAUCGACAGUCUUUCAGAUGUGGACAGUUCCAGUUCAAUAUUAGGGUUCGACGAUGAUCGUGACUUCCCUGUUGAGAUAUUGCCAGAUCUCUUUCUUGGUAAUGCGGCCAAUUCGGAAGAUUUGGAAUGGCUUAAAAAACACCGGAUAGAGUACAUUUUAAACGUUACGUCGGACUUGCCGAACACUUUCGAAGAACAAGGUUGUAUCAAGUAUAUGCAAAUACCCAUUUCCGAUCAUAUCGGACAAAAUCUUGCUAGUUUUUUCCCUCAAGCAAUUGAAUUCAUCGACAAAGGUCGGACGCAGAAAAAAGGCGUCUUGGUGCACUGCUUGGCCGGCAUAUCUCGCUCGGUAACCGUUAUGCUGGCGUAUCUGAUGGCGCACCGGCAGCUGACGCUCAACGAGGCGUACAACAUGGUGCUGAAGCGCAAGGCCAACAUCGAUCCCAACUUCCAUUUCAUGCAGCAACUGCAUUCGUUCGAGAAACAGCUGCUGGACGCCAGGAUGCAGCCCAAGCAGUUGGCCAACUCGGCGUCGUCCGCUUCCAGCUACCUGAGCCCGCUCUCCACGGCCGUCCAAAGCCCGGACAGCGGCAUCGAGUUCGACCGGUGGACGCCGAGCACGGGCGGAUGAGAAACGCUUGAGGGCGACCAUCAACGAUCGCCCCAGUCCAAAUACCGAUUCUGACCGAAUGCCUUUUCAUGUAUUAUCACUAUGUUUUCUCCAGUAUACUGUGCUUGUCGUUGUUGUCGCUUCAUUUCCUAACCUCUCCUCCACUUCACUUAUUAUUAUAUUAUGUUAUGUUAUUGUAGACGCCUACUACUUUAAAAAAAAAAAAAUAAUAAUAAUAAUAAUAAUAAUAAUAAUAAAAUAGAAUUACUCGAAAAUAAAAAUAAAACCAAGUACCGUACUCAGCUGCUACAUCAUGCGUAGUACUGUAUUUUGUUUUAAUGCGAUUAAUAUUGAA